AUGUUAAAUUCUAUGUACACAAUUCUAUUGCUGAUUACUGCUGUUGGAUUGCCGUGGUUGGCAGAAUGUAAUUCAAGAUAUCAAAAAUUUUUUGUUAAUACCAGAGCCAUUAAUUUUGUGGAUGCAACAAAACAUGGAUUUCGAAUUAUUCUACUGGAUGGUUUUGUAGAAAAAUAUUUAGCACCAACACAGAUUCCAACAUUAUUUAUCACAGCAAUACCGUUAAAAAUUGGUGAAAAAACAUUGGCAAAAAUUUUUUACCCAGAUAAUGUUCGAGAUGAUCGACAGGUUAGUAUCACCGAUCUGAAUGAACGAUCAUGGUACUAUCUGUGCGUAGAAUGGGAAAAUUUUAAUCGGCACAAUGAGUCAACAGGAACUGAUUGUCGAAUGUUACGAACUUUAGACAAAAGUGGUAAAGGUGCAGAUAGUACCAUUGAUGAUGUUGAAUUGAUGGAUAUCACCUCAACCUCAAUGCAAUUUAAACUUCGGUCUACAGUUGACUUUCCUAUACGGCUGACUUUAUCGUUGGAAGGUGGAACAGGCCCAGUACCACCUGCACAAACAUUUGUUUACAAAGAUCGAAGUGAUGUUGAGGUUUCAUUCCAAUUCUUAGCUCAAGAUAGAGAAUAUGGCAAAUUAUGUGUUAUUGAAGAGCCACUUAUUACUGGAUAUACAACUAUGGGAAGAUUGGCUGCACAAAUUUACAUUCAAAAAUGCUAUUUCAGUUAG